CACUCAAUAUAAUUCAAAGAUCGAGAGACAUGGCAACGUCAGGAACAUAUGUGACGGACGUUCCGCUGAAAGGAUCCGCAGAAAAACACUACAAGAGGUGGAAGAGUGAGAACCACCUCUUCCCCGACGCGGUCGGCCACCACAUUCAAGGUGUCACAGUCCACGAAGGCGAUUGGGACUCUCAUGGAUCCAUCAAGAUUUGGAACUACACAUGCGAUGGAAAACAAGAGGUGUUCAAGGAGAAAAGAGAGAAUGACGAUGAAAACAUGACGGUAACGCUUAGAGGACUCGAAGGUCACGUGAUGGAGGAGCUUAAAGUGUGUGACCUCAUCUUUCAAUUCAUUCAAAAGUCCGCUGAUGAUAUCGUCUGCAAGAUCACUAUGAUAUGGGAGAAGCGAACGGAUGACUCGCCUGAGCCGAUCAACUACAUGAAGCUCGCAAAGAACGUCGUGGCUGACAUGGACAACCACAUUAUCAAAACCUAA